AUGGAGAAGAUCAUUAAGAAGGCCUUGAUGCAGUUUCUCGAGCAGCACCACCUCCUCUCGGAUGCACAACACGGCUUUCGAAGUGGUAGGUCCUGCCUCACGAAUCUGCUCUUUACGCUCGAACGCUGGACCAAAGCACGCGAUGAAGGUAGUGUGGUGCACGCCAUCUACAUCGACUUCAAAAAGGCCUUCGACAGCGUUCCCCACCAACGUCUCUUGCACAAACUGCGCAAGGCUGGAAUUCGUGGAUGCCUUCUUGUAUGGAUCCAGAGCUUUUUGGCUGGACGGUCCCAAAGAGUGCAGGUCGGGCGUCAACAGUCCUCAGAGGUAAGCGUGGUGAGUGGCGUCCCACAGGGCUCAGUCUUAGGUCCCACGUUAUUCCUCGUGUUCAUAAAUGACUGCGUCAAGGACUUAGACUGUGAUACCAUCCUGUUUGCCGACGACAUUAAAUUGUGGAAAGUUAUUCACAAUGCGGCAGACGCAGACCACCUGCAAGCAAACCUGAACAGGCUCGAAGACUGGUCAAAGCGCUGGCUUAUGCCCUUUAAUAUAAGCAAGUGA